ACCAUCGCCUUGUCCUGGACUUAGUGGUCGCUGACUGGGAGACUCGGCCUUUACGGAAAAGGGUGUGAGUGAGGAUAGGAGCAGCAUCCAGAUGGAGAUCUGGGGCUGGGGAGGAGCGGCUAGGCGGCCCUGGUGAGCCAUAAAGAAGUGAAAGCUGGCGCAGGAGAACUGACAGGGACAGGAGUCGAGCUGUGCAGAGGGAGGAGACGGAAAGAGGUGUGAGUUGUGAGGUCCCCGUGAGCGUGGGAACACGGACGCUCGGCCUCGCGGGGCGGACCAGGACAUGGAGCUGAUCCGGGGACCGUGAACAGCGAGCCCCACACGCCACCGCCCUGGAGUGGACUGCAGACUCGACGAGCUCCGCCAGAGUUGGCCUGGAGCGGUUCAGCUCAGCUACUGCUUAGUAAAGUCAAAUCUGUAGAAUUCACUGGGUGCAAUGAAACUGUCAUCAUCCCAUGCUUCGUUCUUAAUGUGGAGGCACAAAGCACUAAAGAGAUGUUCGUAAAGUGGAAAUUAAACAGAACAUAUAUUUUCAUCUAUGACGGAAACGUAAACAAUUCUACUGUUGACAGUAACUUUUCAAGUGCAAAAAUCUCAGUCGUAGACUUACUCAAAGGAGAUGCCUCUUUGAAAAUGGAUAAGCGUGAUGCUGUCGUAGGAAACUAUACAUGUGAAGUAACAGAAUUAAUUAGAGAAGGCAAAACAGUCGUGGAACUGAAAUACCGUAUGGCUUCAUGGUUUUCUCCGAAUGAGAAGAUUCUCAUUGUCAUUUUCCCAGUUUUGGCCAUUCUUCUGUUCUGGGGAAAGUUUGGUAUUUUAACACUUAAAUAUAAAUCUGCUCGUACGAAUAAGAGAAUCAUUCUGUUACUCAUUGCUGGGCUAGUGCUCACUGUGAUCGUCAUCGUUGGAGCCAUUCUGUUCAUCCCAGGAGAAUACCCAGUGAAGAAUGCUUCUGGACUUGGUCUCAUUGUAAUUUCUACAGGAAUAUUAAUAUUACUUCAGUACAAUGUUUUUAUGACAGCUUUUGGGAUGACCUCCUUCACCAUUGCCAUACUGAUCACUCAGGUGCUGGGCUAUGUUCUUGCUGUGGUUGGACUGUGUCUCUGUAUCAUGGCAUGUGAACCAGUGCACGGCCCCCUUUUGAUUUCAGAUUUGGGUGUCAUAGCUCUAGCAGAAUUACUUGGACUAGUUUAUAUGAAGUUUGUGGCUUCCAAUCAGAGGACUAUACAACCUCCUAGGAAAGCUGUAGAGGAACCCCUUAAUGCAUUUAAAGAAUCGAAAGGAAUGAUGAAUGACGAAUAACUGAAGUGAAGUGAUGAACUGUGACUUCAAGAGUCAUAGACUUGAAGAAAUACCCUUGUGUUUAAGCACCAUGGCCUUGAUGACUCACUGUUGGGAAGAAGAAAACAGAAGAAUUGUAACCGACUUUCAUCUAUGAGAGAACAUGUCAUUGACCAGUAAAUGAUUAUUACAGUUAAGUUUAUAUUCAAAGCAGCUGUAAUUUAGUUAAAUAUGAUCUGUGUUGUGUAACAAAUUGAGAUCCAUUUUUCUAUUGUUUUUACUCAAUUAGGGGCAAAAGUGGAGGGGGCAACUUCCAAGAAUGAUGCCUGUAAGAACCUUGGGACUCUGGACUCUGGGUUUAAGUUGAUUCUGGAUGAGAAUUGCCUAGCACUAACCUGGUGGCUAACCGGAGAUACCUAAUGAAAAACACUGGUAUCCAGCAAGACUUAGUAAACUCAGGUUCCCAGCAGCUUUGGCAUUUACACUGCUAGCUGAAUAAUGUGACUGCCACUUCUGUGUUGUGGGAAUAGAGACCCAAGUAGAGACAAGAAUUGAAUUGGGCAUAUCUUGGAUGCCCCCUAUGAUACUGAUGGAGAUAAUGGUCUUCAUUCUUGGGGGUCGCCAUUCAUGCAUUUCCCCCCUUUGACAGACGUGUGCCCAGAUUUUGGAUACUGUUUUUUUAAUGGAUGUGGCUUCUUUUUGCAUACAAUCCUUUGGACCCUGUCUUGUCGUCCUGUUACUUGCCUCCGUGGUACAAGAUGGAGUACCUUUUCUCCUCUUUGAUCAUUUGAUCAUGAUCCAGUGACAUAGUAGUGUCAGUUGCAGAAAGGAGCCAGACUUGUUCUCAGAGUACUGUGUUCACACUUUUCAACAAAAAUAGCUGUGGUUGUAACAUAUGUAUUCCCUUCCUCUGAUUUGAAGGCAAAAAUCUACAGUGUUUCUUCCCAUGUUUUCUGAUCGGAGGCAUGAAAAAAGCAAGACUGAAAUCUGAACUAUGCGUCUCCUGCAUGGCAACACGCGUCUCCGUGAGGCCCUAGCAAGGCCUGGGGAGGGGGUUUGACUCCUGUUGUCUCUUUGUUGCAUGAUGAACACUCAUCACCUUCCUCCUGUAUCCUGCCUCCUACCUCCUCCACCUCCUCUUCCUCCUCUACUUCCUCUUCCAUCUCCUCCUCCUCCUCCUCCUCCUCCCCAAAGUUUGAAAAGUAAAGUAAAACCACCACAUUUCCUACCCCAGUUAGAAAAAAACCAACAUUCUGACAGUUGUGAUCGCAUGGAGUACUUUUAGAUUAUUAGCACUCGUUUUUUACCUCGUUUGUGGGUGUGUGUUUGUAUGUGCACAUGUAUAAGGUAAGCACGUGCAUCUUCUGUAUGGACAAAACUGAGGUGCCUACAGGAGAGCAAAUGCUAACUUUGUGCUUUUGGUAAAUACAUUUAAAAACAAAGGUUUCAUUAUUGGGUGGUAUUCUAUUUGAUGCAAAUAUUUGGUCACUUGAAAUUUUAAAAACUAGUUAAUUUGUCAAGCUCUUUUGACUGCUCACCAGUACCCUCUAAAAAUACUAGCAACUCUUCCUGUUUGUGGAAUAAGGCAUUUGUGGUUACAUUACUAAUGGUUAUUCCUUAGUUCAUUGAGUGUUUCCAUGUGCCUCUUGUAUGCCAAAAUUAUUGUCAUCUUUCAUGUGGGGACCAAGUGGUUUGUCUAUGAAAAACCCAACCUAUGACCUGUGUGCUGAGGCCUCUCAGAGAACUGAACACACUAUCAAGAUAGCUCUUCUUGAAGAAAAAUAUGUAUCCUCCCUGAUUUUGUAACUGUCCAGAGUAUUAGCAUAUGGAGAGGGAGCUGUUUGCCUUCAUACAAAUCUGAUGGCUCCUGCUGCUCUUUUUUUUUUUCCUUCUGAAAAUAUUUACACUUUGCUCAUACUGUUUGUUGCUUUGGAAAUCAUUUUUGAUGAAAGGAAGAAAAAAGCAGAUAGACUUGGAGAGGAUCCAGAUUCUUUUCUCUAAGAAAGUCAGGUAUGAAAAUCUUUAUAGUCAAAUAUUUUACUAGCUAAAGUUGUACCUUUUAAUGUGCAGUAAAUUCUCCUCUGUUCGGGGUUCAGUCUUGGGUCUUAUCAUCUGUACUGCCUGCCUUGUAAGGCAUUGACUACCCUAGACAAUGCCACUGGUGGUAACCUGGGAAACACGAGGUGAACUCGACUCUUGCUCUUAGUUAUCAGGUUCUGUGGCUAAGGGACCACAGCAAGAGUCCUCUUGCCUGGGCAUCAUUGGGCCAGUUCGCACUCCUUAAAUCAGACCCACAAUGGCUCCCAGUUCCUGUCCUAUCAAAUUAUAAAUUGCUAACAGUAUAUGGAUAUCAUGUAUCCAUUUUGCCCCCCAAUAUGCUUUCUUCCCCCUGACCCUCCUUUCUGCUGUCCAGUCCUCUAUUCUGUUUUAUUUAGUGUCCAUUCUCCAUUUGUAUGGUAGUACAGAGUGACACCAUUUGUCAUUUUCUGCAACAACUUUUCCAGCCUAUGGCCAAACCCCAUUUUUCUCUUUCAAAGCAUUCCACUCAGCCCUUCUCCCCGCCUGGGUGUGCUUCAUAGCCUGUCCCCAUCUGUCUAGCGGCCUCUUUCAUCUCUCACUUACCCUCCCUGGUACUUCAUGUAUCUCUGCUUAGCUCUGUUGGGUUUUUGUCUUGUUCUCACUCGAUUUUAAAAUUCUUUCCACAGCAAGAGCUUUUCUUUCUUCCUUUUCUUCCUGCAGUGUUUUGCAUAUAUUAGCCACUCAGUACAUACGUUUGAUGACAGAGUUGGCUUCAUUUAGAUUUCUCACUCUUUUUAAUAGGGUGAGGUAGAGAGUUUUCUUUUUUGAUGAAUUUUACAUGCUCUGAAAACUAUAAAAGUACUGAUUUUCACCUGAUAAUUCCAAGUCUGGUCUUUUUAAACACUGAGAAUGUCAGAUUAAAAAAUCAUGGGGCUAUACCAUAAUGAGCUUUAUUCAAUAUAGUGACCAAACUGUGAUUUGAGAUGAUAAAGCUCAAAAAGUGGUAUUUAUUCCUCCAUUUCAUUAAUAAGAAUUAAGCUGUGUAACACGUAAGUUUCUCUUGUCUUACAAUGGGUGUUCCAAAAUGGCAGUCAGGUUAUAUAUGCAAAUACAAACCGCUAUGUUUGCCUUUUGUUGGGGAACUGGAGAAGAAGAAUUGUCUGACAGCCCUUUAUCAUUUUAGUGAAUUUAAUUGAGGGUAUAUUAGAAACCUGAGUUUUCAUGUGUGUCCUGUACUCACAAUCUUUUAACUACCACACCCACUGGAGGUCUUCUUAAGUCAUCUUCAGUGGCUGACAGGGAUCAUCCAAGUUAACUUAAAGAGAUGAGCAGUAACUGGAAAUUGUCCUGCCUUUAACUUUGUUAGCCCUUAAUUAUGACCGUGUGAAAAUGCAUUUUCCAUAAACCCAGUGUUGGGGGAGCAUUUUUAAUAAGCUUCUCUAUAAGAUGACAUCAGUAGAAUCUUAAAAGCAUUGUUACAAUUGGUGAGAGAGGAAAGCAUUUUUUAUUUUUAUUAAACAGA